AUGAAGCCCCUCUUGAAGCAGCGAAGCUGUGAUGCUGAGCUCAAGGGUCCCGAGCAGAAGACGACUGCCGUGAUUGUGCCUGAGACAGGCUCUGAGAAUCCGUUGCGCACUCCGACACUCGAGGUGGAGAAUGUGCACAAAGUCUACGAUGCGAUUGCCAGUCACUGGAACCACACGCGCUACAAAGCCUGGCCCAAAGUGGAGGCAUUUAUCCGUGGCUUGCCGCGUGGAUCUUUGGUUGCUGAUCUUGGUUGUGGCAAUGGCAAGAAUUUGCCACAUGUCAAGGAAGCUGGAUGCUUUCCGGUGGCGAGCGACAUCAGCGGACCACUGGCAGAAAUUGCAGCCAAGGAGCACGGAGUCUGCAGCAUGGUUUCUGACUGCCUGUGUGCGCCGUUGCGCAGUGGCAGUUUCGAUGCAGUGCUUUCCAUUGCUGUUUUACAUCAUUUGUCCACCGAGCCUCGGCGCGUACAGGCUCUGCGAGAAGCCGCGCGCUUGCUCAGACCAGGCGGCCAACUCCUUGUCUACUGUUGGAGUUAUGAGCCCGGAGCUCGGAUUCGGAGACUUCGCGAUCACCUUUGCGCUUGCAAUGAAGCCUCAG